GUUAUGGAAGAUUUGGGAAGAUAAGGCAUAGUGGUAGUGUGAAUAAAGAAUAAGAAAGGGCUUUGAAAAACAAAUAAAUAAAUAAGAGAGGAUUAGAAGUGAGGCAAGGGUCGAAAUUUCACCAUGUUGGAGUUGAGCCUCUCAACGGUAUUCUUUAAAUUUGUUGUGAUAAAUAUAGCACUUUUUGUAGUUUUAGUUCAUGGAGCAAAUAGCUUUACCAGACAUGACUUCCCACCUGGCUUUGUGUUUGGUACUGGUUCUUCAGCUUAUCAGGUGGAGGGAGCAUCAAACCAAGAUGGAAGGACUCCAAGCAUAUGGGAUACCUUUGCCCAAGCUGGGAGUAUGCAUGGAGACACAGGAGAUGUAGCAUGUGAUGGAUAUCACAAGUACAAGGAAGAUGUUCAACUCAUGGUGGAUACCGGUAUAGAUGCAUAUAGAUUUUCCAUCUCAUGGUCAAGACUUAUCCCAAAUGGAAAAGGAGCUAUAAAUCCUAAGGGUUUGCAGUAUUACAACAACCUAAUCAAUGAAUUAAUCAGCUAUGGAAUACAACCACAUGUGACAUUACACCAUUAUGAUCUCCCACAGGUACUUGAAAGCGAGUAUGGAGGAUGGGUUAGUCGAAAGAUUGUAAAAGACUUCACUGCAUAUGCAGAUGUGUGCUUCAGAGAGUUUGGUGAUAGAGUUAAAUAUUGGACUACUGUAAAUGAGGCUAAUGUGUUUUCGCUUGGGGGUUAUGACAGUGGAAAUAUGCCUCCUGGUCGCUGUUCUCCUCCAUUUGGAGUUGUAGAUAAUUGUUCUGCAGGAAGCUCCUCAACUGAGCCCUACUUAGUAACUCAUCAUAUCUUGUUAGCACAUGCAUCAGCUGCUAGAUUGUAUGAGAAAAGGUACAAGGAUAAGCAACAUGGAUUUAUAGGGAUGAAUAUUUUUCAAUAUUGGUUUGUUCCUUUUACAAAUAGCAUUACAGAUAAAAUUGCUGCUCAAAGAGCCAAAGAUUUUUAUAUUGGUUGGUAUUUGAAUCCAUUGAUCUUUGGAGAUUAUCCAGAGAUCAUGAAGAAGAAUGUUGGCUCAAGGUUUCCGGCCUUCACGAGUCUUGAAUCCGAAAGAAUUAAGGGCUCAUUUGAUUUCAUAGGACUGAAUUAUUAUAACACGAUGCAUGUCAAGGACAAAUCCAGCAGCCUAAAUUUGAAAAUCAGGGACUUCUUUGCAGACACAGGAGUGGAGCUUAUAUUUGUGCGAAAUGAAUCUGCAUAUGAGUUUCCAAUUACACCCAGUGGCCUGGUAGGAAUUCUAGAAGAUAUGAAGCAACAUUAUGGCAACCCUCUUACUUACAUCCAUGAAAAUGGUCAAAGAACUAGACGCAAUUCAUCGUUGGAAGACUGGCCGAGGGUGAAAUACUUACAUGCUCACAUCCAAAGUUUGCUGGAAGCUGUAAGGAAUGGAUCAAAUGUGAAAGGUUAUUUUGAAUGGUCAUUGUUGGAUGCAUUUGAGCUGUUGGAUGGGUAUGAAUCAAGCUAUGGCUUAUACUACAUUGAUUUGGAUGACCCAGAUUUAGUAAGACAGCCUAAGCUCUCUGCUUAUUGGUACUCUCAUUUUUUGAAGGCAAACAGAAGUUUCAGUUCAAUUGGAUUUAUUAAAUCUCUUUCUCAUGAUUACUUCUCCCACUAGAUUUUGAUCUACCUAGUUGGAUAGUGGUUGGUAUGGAUUUUGAUUUUACAUAGUUGAAUUUCAUUUUUAUUUCACUUAAUAAAUUGUUCAAUAAUUUUGCAAAUGUUAUUGAUUUCCUAACAUUACAAUGUCGAAAUCUUAAAAGAAAUCAAAAUUUUGAUGACAA